CAAUGAACAUUUCGCAUUUUCUCCCUCCAGAUGGAAGAACCAUAACAGAUCGAAAAGGCAGCGGGACUGGGGGGAAAGACUGAUGUGAAAGGAGAUUUAUAGAAGGACAAGAAGAUAAACGCACUCUUGGAACAAACAACCAAUGGAAGAGGUGAAAAUAAGCUGUUCGAAAGCCCUUGCAAUGAUCCGUUUUGCAAACGUUUAUUCGUUGUGAAAAGGGACAUUCUGGAAACUAUGAAUCAAGGAUAGCAGUACAGUCACAUUUAACAGCUGCAUGGCUGUCCAAAGCGCAAACAUGAAAGGAUGACAUGGAAAUCAGAACAUCCGACUGAAAGACCACUGCUUUCUCACGCUCAUAUAGAUGGAGAGACAGUGCUUGUGAACGAUGUAUGCUGGAGGAGAGAUGAACAUUAGGUAGCGUCGGUAAAUAUCCAAGGAAACUGGAAAGUGGACAGUAAAGAAUAGCUGGUGGGGAGCUGUCAAAAGGAUGGAUUUUAGCGUACUACGGAAUCUCAUCAGUAGAUACUGUGCUGGGGAGGAGUACUGGGUGGACAGCCGGACAGUAUACAUCGGUCACAAAGAACCCCCGCUGGGGGCCGAUGCCUACAUCCCUCAGCGUUAUCCCGACAACCGCAUUGUCUCUUCCAAGUACACCGUAUGGAACUUCAUCCCCAAGAACCUGUUUGAACAGUUCAGAAGAAUCGCCAACUUCUAUUUCCUGCUCAUCUUCCUGGUCCAGCUCAUCAUAGACACGCCUACCAGCCCCGUCACCAGCGGACUGCCUCUAUUCUUUGUCAUCACCGUCACUGCCAUUAAACAGGGUUAUGAAGACUGGCUGAGACACAAGGCAGACUGCAGUAUAAAUGAGUGUCCUGUGGACGUGGUGAAGGAAGGGACGGUGGUGAGGACACAGAGUCACAAGCUACGGGUGGGGGACGUUGUCAUGGCGAGUGAAGACGAGACGUUCCCCUGUGACCUCAUCCUGCUCUCAUCCAGCCGCGAUGACGGAACCUGCUACGUCACCACCACCAGCCUGGAUGGCGAGUCCAGCCACAAGACCUACUAUGCUGUACCAGACACCAUGGCCUUUAAGACAGAGCAGGAGGUGGACUCUCUACAUGCGACUAUUGAAUGUGAACAACCACAGCCUGAUCUCUACAAAUUUGUGGGGCGCAUCAAUAUUUAUAAGGAAAGUGAAGAUCCCAUAGCCAGACCCCUGGGAGCUGAGAACCUUCUCCUCAGAGGAGCCACCCUGAAGAACACAGAACACAUUUAUGCUGUAGCCAUCUACACGGGCAUGGACACCAAGAUGACGCUGAACUACCAGUCCAAAUCCCAGAAACGCUCCGCUGUAGAAAAGUCUAUGAACGCAUUCCUCAUAGUGUAUCUGUGUAUCCUGAUCAGUAAAGCGGUCAUUAACACGGUUCUGAAGUACGCGUGGCAGUGGUUUGCUGACCACGACCAACCCUGGUACAACCACAGGACCGAGAUCGACAGAGAACGCCACGUGGUGAUCAGGGCGUUCACAGACUUCCUGGCCUUCAUGGUGUUGUUUAACUACAUCAUUCCAGUCUCCAUGUAUGUUACCGUGGAGAUGCAGAAGUUCCUGGGGUCUUACUUCAUCGCCUGGGACAAGGAUAUGUACGAUGAUGAGCUGGGGGAGGGGGCUCAGGUCAACACAUCAGACCUCAAUGAAGAGCUGGGACAGGUGGAGUAUGUGUUUACUGAUAAGACGGGGACGUUGACAGAGAACAACAUGGAGUUUAUAGAGUGCUGUGUGGACGGACACGUCUAUAUCCCCCACGCCAUCUGUAAUGGACAGAUCCUCAGUGCUGCUUCCAGCAUAGACAUGAUCGACUCCUCACCUGGAGGAGACCACAGGGAGCAUGAGGAGCUGUUCUUCCGGGCUCUGUGUCUGUGCCACACGGUGCAGGUGAAGGAGGAGGGGACAGUGGAUAGCAUCAAGAGAGGGAUCCACCAGGGAAAACCCACCUCCUUCUACAUAUCAUCUUCUCCUGAUGAGGUGGCCCUGGUGGAGGGCGUGAAGAGGUUGGGGUACACAUAUCUAAGACUCAAAGACCGUCAUAUGGAGAUUCUCAAUAAGGAGGAUGAGAUUGAGAGGUUUGAGCUGCUUCACGUGCUGAACUUUGACUCUGUCAGGAGGAGAAUGAGCGUCAUUGUCAAGUCUAGUGCAGGGGAGUACCUGUUGUUCUGUAAGGGGGCUGACUCCUCCAUCUUCCCCAGGGUGGUGUCAGGGAAGGUGGGGCAGGUGAGGGCGCGGGUGGAGCAGAACGCUCUGGAGGGCUUGCGGACCCUGUGUGUGGCAUACAGAAGUCUCUCCCUAGCAGAGUACGAGGAGGCGUGUCAUCAGCUGAGCGACGCCAAGCUAGCCCUGCAGGACAGGGAGCAGCGACUGGCGCAGGCUUAUGACCUCAUCGAGAGGGACUUCACCCUGCUGGGGGCCACGGCUGUGGAGGACAGGCUCCAGGAGAAGGCAGCAGACACCAUCGAGUCUCUCCACAAGGCUGGGAUGAAGGUGUGGGUCCUGACUGGGGACAAGAUGGAGACGGCGGCUGCUACAUGUUAUGCUAGCAAGCUGUUCCGCCGCUCCACCCAAAUAUUGGAGCUGACCAAGAAACGCACCGAGGAACAGAGUCUACAUGAUGUUCUGUUUGACCUGAGCAGAACCGUACUGAGACAGCGCUCCCUGUCGGGGCUGUCUGUAGACUGUCAGGACUAUGGUCUGAUCAUCGAUGGGGCCACCCUGUCUGCGGUACUGAAGCCCAGUCCAGAGAGCUCUGGCUCUGGGAACUACAGAGAGAUCUUCCUGGAGAUCUGUAGGAACUGCAGCGCCGUUCUCUGCUGCCGCAUGGCGCCCCUACAGAAAGCACAGAUUGUGAAGCUGAUCAAGGCAUCUAAGGAGCACCCCAUCACUCUGGCCAUCGGAGACGGAGCCAACGACGUCAGCAUGAUCCUCGAGGCACACGUGGGCAUCGGCAUCAUGGGUAAGGAGGGUCGCCAGGCAGCGAGGAACAGCGACUAUGCCAUCCCAAAGUUCAAACAUCUGAAGAAGAUGCUGCUAGUUCACGGCCACAUCUACUACAUCCGCAUCGCUGAGCUGGUGCAGUACUUCUUCUAUAAGAAUGUGUGCUUCAUCUUCCCUCAGUUCCUCUAUCAGUUCUUCUGUGGAUUCUCUCAGCAGCCCCUGUACGACACAGCCUACCUGACGCUGUACAACAUCAGCUUCACCUCCCUGCCCAUCCUCCUCUACAGCCUCAUAGAGAAACACAUCAGCAUAGAGACACUGAAGAGAGACCCCACUCUGUACAGGGACAUAACUAAGAACUCUCUCCUGCGCUGGCCCGUGUUCCUGUACUGGACAUGCCUGGGCUUAUUCGACGCCUGUAUCUUCUUUUUUGGUGCCUACUUCCUGUUCGACAACACCACCUUCACUAGCAACGGACAGAUGUUUGGGAACUGGACUUUCGGGACUCUCGUCUUUACUGUGCUGGUGUUCACGGUCACGCUCAAGCUUGCCUUGGACACACACCACUGGACCUGGAUCAACCAUUUUGUCAUCUGGGGCUCCCUGCUUUUCUAUGUCAUCUUCUCUCUGCUCUGGGGAGGCAUCAUCUGGCCUUUCCUGAACUACCAGAGGAUGUACUAUGUGUUCAUGCAGAUGUUGUCCAGCGGUCCAGCUUGGCUCAGCAUCAUCCUGCUCAUUAUGGUCAGCCUGCUGCCUGAUGUGGUCAAGAAGGUCCUCUGCAGAACACUGUGGCCCACCGCCACCCAUCUUGCACAGUCCAAUCGCCCGUGCCUUACCGUGGAGCCGUCCACCAUCUUCGUGCUUUCUCAGUCCGAUAGCAGAUUGAGUUUCUGAUUGGCAGAGAGACUGCAGAGGAGGAGGAGGUGACUUUUUAAACACUUUAUGUGCAUGGUGGCAUGUGCCAAUGUCAAAAUUACAUCAGUGGUCCACCUUCAUUCAGUUAAAUCAGUGUUUCAACAUUAACUCCCAACUUUCAAACAUCAAUCACAAUCACUGUAGUGUUCCCAUCCAGGGCUCUCACCAUCCAGGGCUCUCACCAUCCAGGGCUCUCACCAUCCAGGGCUCUCACCAUCCAGGGUUCUCACCAUCCAGGGCUCUCACCAUCCAGGGCUUCCAUUUCAAACAAUUCAACUCAAUUACCAGACAAUACUAUCAUUCACACUGCUAUAUAUGCUACUGCUGACCAUGCUACAGUUGAUAACAGGUUGUACUAAUUUUGAUCCUUCUGUUAGCAUCCUGCUAGCCUAACAAUCUCACCCAGUACCAUAUUCAGCAUCUCUUCUAUUCAUGUUCCUCUAUGGAUGCUGUUCAAAUGUAUCUACUGGAAAUUGAUGUAUAAAAUGUACAUGAAUGUGUUAUUCCAUCCAAAUGCUAACUUGGACUGAUGUUUUGUUUUCUACACUGGAGUAAUCCUCAGCAGGACACUGGGAAGUUGAAGGGCUAUCAUUGCAUGCCACAUACAGUUUGUUACAGUUCAAUGGUUCACCGCAUGGCUUCUAUUUAGAACCUCCUGGUUCCUGACCCCUGCUCACCCUACUGUUUGCCCACAGAGGGUGAAGGCUGAUGGGGAGUGUGUCCUCUGCCCCGGACGCCAGUCCUGUUGGAGGUGGAGGCAGUGAGAGAGACAUGCUUUGCCCUGCUAGGACCUGUGAGAGGGACAGAGGAGGUGGAGGGGUGCAAGCUACCAGGACCUAUGACUCCAUGAUGUCACACAACCCUAACUACCUGCUCAGCCAGCCCCUAGACCAUUCCCCAACAGAGAACUAGGGUUGCUACGGACGUUGACAAGCUGUUGCAGGGCAGUGUAGCAGAGUUGACCCCCGUGCUCUCAUGCCCUUCUGGCCCUUCCUCCAAACGGAAGAGCACUGACUCCUCCCACCUCCACAUCAGGGUUCCGAAGCCCCUCCCACUCCACAGGUCUGAGUCCUUCCCCCACAAACUACUAUUGGCCCACUGGACUGAUGGGGGCGGGGCAGACCGCUGCACCCUCAGCCCCUACAUGCUCCGCCUCUCAGGGGCUGGCUUUGCCUACUACGCACCGGGGCCAGAGACCUUUGUGUGACACACACUCACACACACACACACACAGGCUAAUGUGUGAACACACACAAAACGAUGUGCUCACAAAACGAUGUGCACACACACAGAGACCAAUGUGAUCUAAACCUACAGCUUAGGAUGUGGAAGGAUUUGUAUUCCACUAAUAAACAAUGCAAAAACACACACAUAUAUGCAAAAUAAUUCACACAUCCUGAAAAACAUGAAACAUCUUCACACAAUUCACCAUGUGUAUUGUCAGCCAUUCAGAUACACCCCUCCCCCAAUCUGCCUCCCACUGGUCCUGUCCAUUCCAUUUCAGUCUGAUCCUGAUCCCAGUCCAGUCCACACCUCUACUCUGUUCUGCUACUCUAUUCUCCAUCUAAAAAUACUUGAAUCCAACGUUGACACCAGUGGUGUUAAACACUGAACACAAGGAGGUGUUCUGUAUUUGAAUGUGCGUCCCUUCUACACUAAGGAAUUGUGUUGUGUAUGAAACGGACCGGCCUUUUCUGGUUCUAUUUUAUUCACUGUCUCUGUCUUCUUUUUUUCUUUUUUUUCCUCUGUCUCUCAAAUAUACUCCUUUUGUUGAAAUAACGGGAGUUGCUUCGCAAAAUGUUCUGGGGAGAAAGAUAUCUGUUAUUCACUGCACGUGUGUGUGUGUGCGUGUGCGUGCGUAUAUACAGUUGAAGUUGGUAGGUUACAUACACUUAGGUUGGAGUCAUUAAAACUCGUUUUUCAACCACU